AUGAAUUCCCUCAAGCCAUCGCCAUCGUCAUCAUCCUCCAAGUCCAAAAAGAAGCAAACCACAACACAAGAUCAUCAACAACAUGAAACGGUUUGGGGAGGGAGGUACCUUGGUGUGAGAAGGCGACCAUGGGGAAGGUACGCGGCGGAAAUUCGCGACCCUUCCACCAAGGAGAGGCAUUGGUUGGGCACAUUUGACACCGCCGAAGAAGCUGCCCUCGCAUACGACAGAGCGGCUCGUUCCAUGCGCGGGUCACGUGCCCGAACCAAUUUUGUCUAUCCAGACACUCCGCCAGGCUCCUCUGUGACCUCCAUCAUCUCUCCUGAUGAACAAACCCAAAUCCAAAUCCAUCAGGCCCAAGAAGACCUCUCCUCUCUACUAAAUCAGAACAUGUGUUCACAACCCGACCCGAACUCACAAUUUUCUUUGGGCGGGUACCCGGGUGUAGCCAACACUCCCACAUUUUCUACCACCGAUGUUGCCUCAUCCGGUGGCUAUAGCUAUAGUUAUGGUUACACCGAAGGAGCAACCAACGUGGAGGGUUCACAUUCACAUUUUAAUCUCUUUGAUGAUGGUGAAACGCAGCUUCCACCGUUGCCACCGGAUAUCACAAGCUCCAUGAGCUAUGAAACGGGUCAUGGGCUUUAUGGAGAUGGUGUGGGGUUUUCCGAUCCAAGUUAUAGUGUGUCGAGUACCGGGUCGGGUUACCCGUAUUUGGGAUAUGAAUCGAGUGAUUACGUGGUGCAUAGUCCACUCUUUAGUGCAAUGCCACCAGUCUCGGAUAACGUGGCAACGGGUCAUGAGGGUUUUGAUUUGGGAAGCUCUUCUUAUUUCUUCUGA